GCAAGGCGCAUGCGCAGAUCUCGGGCGGUUGGGUCAGCUGACCUGCGGGGCGACGGAGCGGAUUUAGGCCGCUCUCCUCUUGGGGGUCGCCGCCGCCGCCAUGGCCAGUCAGUCGCAGGGCAUCCAGCAGCUGCUGCAGGCCGAGAAGCAGGCUGCUGAGAAGGUGUCGUAGGCCCACAAAUGAAAGAACAGGAGAAAGAACCGGAGGCUGAAGCAGGCCAAAGAAGAGGCUCAGGCUGAAAUUGAACAGUACCGCCUGCAGAGGGAGAAGGAAUUCAAGGCCAAGGAAGCUGCGGCUCUGGGAUCCCACGGCAGUUGUAGCACUGAAAUGGAGAAGGAAACCCAGGAGAAGAUGCUCAUCCUCCAGACCUACUUCCGGCAGAACAGGGAUGAAGUCCUGGACAACCUCUUGGCCUUUGUCUGUGACAUCCGGCCAGAAAUCCAUGAAAACUACCGCAUAAGUGGAUAGUAAAGAAGAAAGAAGCACCUGUUCUAUGGGUUGGCAUCUUAUAUGCCUCCAUGGAAUAUGAAGCUUUUGCAAAGCUUGAGUUACAAUCUUGUGAAAAGGCAUUAAAUUAUUUCUGUGUACUGUAUAGUAGGUCCUUUUGCUUUUGGGAGAACAGCAAAUCUAGUUUCUUUCUAUAAACUUAGAGUAGAGUUUAUCCAAAGAUUUCAUCUUUUUACCUCAUAUUUCUUAGAAAGUUAAUGAGUAUACUUUGUCUGUUUUUCUAUGCCUUUUAACUGAAGCAACAUAUAAAUAUAUAUAACAAUACUGACUUUUUCUUUCUUAGACAUGGUAAGAAACACUUUUUUUUUUUUUUUUUUAAGAAAGAAAGGGAUUAAAUUAAUUUUUUCCCUUAAGCUUUCUUGAAGGUCAGGGGCUUUAUCUAUGAAAAAGUAGUAAAUAGUUGUUUGUAACCUGUGUAAAGCAGCAGCCAGCCUUAAAAUACGAGUAGUCCUUUCUGGUGAAGGGUUAGAACAAUGAAUAGUGGUAUAAUUGUUUGGUCUGCUUUUAGUGUUAAUCCAAAUUACUAGAUGAUAGAAUUUAAGAACUUGUUACAUGUUGUUACUUGGUGUACUGAUAAUCAUUUAAAAGUAAAGACUUUGUCGUGCA